GCCAGCUUGUCCCCUCGCCAUUUUGUGGUUUACCGUUUCGGCUGCACCGUGAUGCGCCUCCUGGGGAAAACGUUCUCCUUCCCGGCCAUCGUACUCCUGUUGGCUCAGGAGGUCCCCAAGCAGAGCCCAGCCCAGCUUCCAUUUGCCGGAGAUUCCUACUAUGAUGCCGAGAACAGGUUCCUGUACAUCUUGUCGUCGCACCUGGAGAAUGCUGGGGGAUUUAUAACGGCCUUGUUGAAUGCCAUGGCACAGAUCGAAGCAGGCCCCAAGGAAGCCCCCCCUGCUAAUGCUGGCUUUUGGAAGGCGCUCAACACAGCCAUCGCCGCUCUAGCCAGUGCUUUCUUCCAGUGUUCUUGGGGAGCAGCAGAGACAACAGAGAAGAGCCCUGUGACAAAUUGCUCCCCCAUUUGCUUAGCCACUCGCUCCAUUUUCGAAGAACUGCUGAGCGUCCCGAUGCUGCCGGAUUCUCACUUCCUUGAGGAAUGCCCACACAAAAGGGUGCAACGUUACAAAGCUUUCCAGCUGCAAGCAGAGAUUCGAAAUAUAAUGGAGAGUCCAGAGCAAAAAGGAGGGAAGGAGGAGGCAGGCGGCGAUGAGAGGAAGAAACGGGAAGGAGAUUCCUCUGGCCACAAGGCCUCUCUUUUCCAGGCGAAGAUUGCUGAGCUGGAGCAGACACUGGAUGCCUUGAACGAGGACUUCUUCCAGCUCACCGUGCAGGCUUUGACCAUCCAGAAGGAAGAAGAGCAUUUGAGCCUGGAGUUCCAAGCCCAUGAGGACCCCCAUGCUUCUUCGUGUGAUCUUCAUGAGGAGAGGACGGAGGACUUCUCCGAGCAACUCGAGUAUUGGGCUGCUGUGAGAGACAAAGCUCUGCUGCUGGAAAUAGAGAGGAGUUUUGUUGUGCGGCGCAUCAAAGGCGUUGAAUCCGAACUGGCUUGCCUUCUGAAGACCCACGAUGGCCACCAGAUGAGACCGUCCAGUUGACUGCAUUUAGAUCUUGCUAGAGCAGUGAGCCCUUCAUAUUAAAGGCUUACUAGACUCCCGCAGGGCACUCAUAUAUACACCCACAGCAACACACACACAGACAUCGUUUUUGUUUCAAACCAACGGUUGUCACAAAGUGCCAUCAAUCCCCUUUAACGGAGAUAAGCAGGAGCCGGAUACUCUAACUACGGAUAAGAUCUCUGAAAGCUUAAAUCCCAUAAAUCCGUAUGUCUGAUAUCGAAACUUUAUAAUGAAAUGGUCUCCAAUUCUGGAAACAUUGGAAACUGAUCCACUAUUGGUUGGGAUAUUUAAACAGAACAAAUGUUGGAUAAACUCUCUAUUGUAUUAACUUAAAUUUUAUAUUGUUAAAGUCUAUUUCAUAUAGUUAUGAAGAUAACAUCGGCAUGGAAAACAGUUUGAUAAACAUUUUGUAAUUAGCUUAAUAACUGUAUUCCCAUAUAUAGGUGUUUUCUUUUAUUCGCUUCAUUUGUUUUUGAUUGAUUGAUUGAUUCGUGUUAAAAUCUGUGUUAAAACUUGAAAAUUUGUACCCGGUACAAGAAUAUUAGGUCUUGGAAAACAUUUGAACUUUUAUUUUGUAUUUGAUUAACUAAUAUUUCAAUAAAAACGUUUUUUUGGGGGGGUGAAAAA